AGCGCUUCGAUUCAGGUGAGAACACAGCUGAUGAGAUUCCGUGUAGUGGAUUCCCGUGGCAAUGCAAUCCCCAACGCAACAAUUGUCCUCAACCAAAAGAGGCCUGGUUUCCCAUUCGGCUCAUCAAUGGACAGCAUCAUCCUUAGUAAUACAGCUUAUCAAAACUGGUUCACCUCCCGGUUUACCGUCACUACAUUUGGAAAUGAAAUGAAAUGGUACAGUACGGAAAAUUUUCAAGGGAAGGAGGACUACCAUGUCUGUGAUGCUAUGAUUGCCUUUGCCAAGCAGCACGGCAUUCGCGUCAGAGGCCACAAUAUCGUAUGGGAUGAUCCCCAAUAUAUCCAGACUUGGAUAAAAGCACUCUCCGAACCCCAGCUUGAGUUUGCAACCAACAAAAGGAUCAACUCAGUUGUCUCAAGGUACAGAGGCCAGGUCAUUGCUUGGGAUGUUGUCAAUGAGAACCUCCACUUUUCUUUCUUUGAGGACAGGAUGGGUAAGGGUGCAUCAGGCAGUUUCUAUCAAAAAGCAAGCCAGCUUGAUCCCAACACGCUCAUGUUCUUAAAUGACUUCAACACUCUUGAGGUGCCUGGUGAUGUGAUGUCAACACCUGCUAAGUACCUUCAGAAGCUGAAUGAGAUGUGGUCCUUCCCUGGGAACAAAGCGAAGAUGGCAAUUGGGCUCGAGGGCCACUUUGGUUGGCCCAAUAUUCCUUACAUGAGGUCGGCUCUGGAUACUCUUGCCAAUGCCAAAGUGCCAAUUUGGCUUACAGAGGUGGAUGUUUCCAACGAUGCAAAUCAGGUAUUCACUUUGCUUUGACACCUAAUUUCUUCAAAUACUUUCAUUGUGUAUUUGUAAUAUUCAUGAACUUCCCACACGUGGCAGAACAAAGACAAAGUCAGCCUAUAUAAACUAGUAAAAUUAAUAUAAUUGAAAUUUAAGUUGAAUCAGU